CAUCGUUCUUAGAAUAUUGAAUUUUAAAUCAAAAUUAAGUUUAAAGAAUGUUUGAGCAACAUUAUAACAUAUAAAAACUUUCCUCUAACGUCAAGAAAACUGGACAUUUUUAAUGUUCCCAGAACCAACACUGAAUAUUAAGAGAACAUUCUUAUAAGAAAAUUCUGUUAGCUGGGAUUUUUCUUCUAUUAUUAUUAUUAUUAUUAUUAUUAUUAUUAUUAUUAAAUUAUCCAGAUCAAAUUUAAACUUCAAACUAUUUACUUUGACCAUCUUAAUCUGUAACAAUCUCUGUUGUGUUUGUUCUCCGUGUGUUUCUUAAUACAGGAGAGAAGGAAGUGUCAGUGAAGGAGGGAGAUUCAGUCACUCUAAAUUCUGAUCUCACUGAAAUGAAGGAUGAUGAUGUGAUUCAUUGGAAGUUUGGAAAAUAUUUUAUAGCUGAAAUCAAUAAACAGGCCGACAGCAUCACUGUAUAUGAUGAUGUUCUUGAUGGGAGAUUCAGAGGCAGACUGAAGCUGGACAAACAAACUGGAUCUCUGACCAUCACAAACACCACAAUGAAACAUGCUGGACAUUAUGAAGUACUGAACACCCGUAUGAUUAUAAGUUUCAUUCUCAUUGUGUAUGGUGAUGCAGUGUCAGUAAAGGAGGGAGAUUCAGUCACUCUAGACUCUGAUCUUAUUGAAAUAAUGGAUGAUCAUCAGUGGAUUCAGUGGAGUUUUGGAAUUGAAUACAUUUUAAUAGCUGAAAUCAAUCAAUGGACCAACAAAAUCACUGUAUAUGAUGGUGCUGUUGAUGGGAGAUUCAGAGACAGACUGAAACUGGACAAACAAACUGGAUCUCUGACCAUCACAAACACCAGAACUGAACAUGCUGGAGAUUAUCUACUACAGAUAACUGGAGUAAAAGACUCAUUAAAAGCUUUCAGAGUUUCUGUCUAUGACUCUGUCCACUGUUGUUGUCCUACUGAAGCUGUGAUCCGAUUGGUCCUCUCUGCUCUUGUGGGCGUGGCUACUGUCAUUUUUGUGGUUUAUGACAUCAGAUCCAGAAGAGCUGAACAAGAUCAAGUGUAGAUUCACACAUCAGAAAGAAUUGAAAUCUAAAGCAGAACGCUGAACUUUAAAGGCUCUUUAAAUGUGAUUUUUUUUUUUUCAAUUUUUUUUUUCAUAAUACUGAAGAUUAUUUGAGCUUAAACUUUUUUUAAAAGUCUAGUUUGAAAGGCUUUGUUUAUAUUUCUUUAUAAGACACACAGAUCUCACUUUACUACUGCUGUCUAUGUAUUUACUUGUCUUUAUCAAUAAAGUUUUCUCACUCUGAGUUUUAAGAGUCUCUCUAUGUUUAAUUACAUUUAUUAUGCUGAACGCCCCCUGGAGGUAUACUAAUUUUAUGUAAGCCAUAGUGC